CUACAAGAAUUUUUAUUUCAGGCUGAAGAGCUACUUAUUAGCCAGAAGUUGGACAAGGAAUAUUUGCCUAUCUCUGGUAAUGCAGAAUUCUGCAAAAAGUCUAUAGGCCUUGCUAUUGGUGAUGACAACUCAGCCCUGGCUGACGGACUGAAUGUGACUGUUCAGGGAAUUUCUGGUACUGGUGCACUGCGAAUUGGUUCCACUUUUCUGUCUAAGUUUUUCCCUGGCCCAAAGACUGUGUGGCUGCCGGCACCAACCUGGGGUAAUCAUGUACCCAUCUUCAAACAUGUUAACAUGGACGUCCAACAGUACCGGUAUUAUGACCCCAAGACCUGUGGCUUCAACUUUUCUGGCGCUUUGGAAGAUAUUUCGAAAAUCCCUGAAGGUGGCUUGAUCAUGCUUCAUGCCUGUGCUCAUAACCCAACUGGUGUUGAUCCCAAACAAGAACAGUGGGAUGAGAUGAGCAAAGUCAUAAAGGACAGGAAACUUCUACCAUUCUUUGACAUGGCUUACCAGGUUAGGAUUAUAGUUAUUAUUCAUUUUUGUAGAAACUUCUUGACAAAAUGUAGACAAGUACUGUAUCCCAUAAGUUAACUGUAGGAUAGUGAG